CAGUUGAAGUGCGACAGAUCAUCACCAACACACCAUCUGUGUGAACAUUGGGUUAUUUGCAGACAUCAUAUCACCUCGAUGUGCACUCACUGUGUAUUACCUGUUGUUUCAUUAUCUUUUUAGAUACAUGGGUGGAUAGAUAGAUAGAUAGAUGCUCUAGUUGUUGUUAGACUUUAAUGUCAUUAUAUCACUCUGCUCUACUCGGCUUCUACACCAGCCAAGGCAGAAACGUGUCAGUUGGACACAUAAACAGAGUCAGGCCUGGCAAACAUUUGAACGCAUGUACCUUUAACAACACCUAACUGCCCCAGUCUGCCUUAAAGGCCCAGGCAUGUGCCACUGAGGGCCUCCCCCUGUUCGCUCCACAACAAACUGCCUCUCACCCGUCUUAAGGUGGACCAAGACAGAUGCACCGUGUGCAUAGGCUGUGCCCUUUACACACUGGACAGGACAGAGUUAAUUCCCACACUCACUGCAGAGUAGAUCAGAUUCUGCUCUCUGGUGGAAAUGGUGGUGGUACUUAUAUGUGUAUAGUAAUAUUUAUUCUUAAAUGAAAAUGUUUACACCUCAAUGAAAGAGACAACAAAUUAGCUAAUCAUUUCCUAUGCAUUUCACCAUUGCCCGUAACAUCGACUGUCCGUAUGUCAUGUCAGGUUUGACUUCAGGCAAAUGCAUACUUUUCAAAGUAAUGAGCCUGUCAGUUGGCAUGCAUCAAUAUUAAAGUGUCUAUCUGGCGUCACACUCUCACUUCAUGUGACUUUGUGCCACUGUAAGGAUCUUAAUGUAAUCCUUUUCAGAAGGGAUUUGCCUUAACCCAACUACUGUAGAAAGAGGUAACAUCAUGAUGGGAGACUGCCAAGUAAUCAGCCGGUGCAGUAAUAGGAAUAAGGCACCAGCUUGAAGGCUAGAUGCCUCUGAGCAUGUCUGUAAAUCCACUGUGUUCAGUCCUCACAGUGAUGCUCUUCGUCUCCAACAUCAUAAACGAGAUGUUACACACCCUUUUAUUGCAUCUUGAGACCGAGGGCAACCCAUGACACUUUAAAAAGGAGCAGGACACGAGGAAUCACAGGUUUUGGGAUUAAGAUUUUGCUGCCCUAAAAUGGGGAGCUGCUCUUUACUCUUCAUUACAACAAUCGUGUGUCUUUUUUCACUUGAAAGUUCAAUUCAAACUUCACAUUCACUGGACAACUCUGAGUCAGUCCAACAUACUCGAAGCACUGGCAGAAACUAUGAUAUCACCAGCAUGGCCAGUUUCUAUUCAGAAACCAGCAGUGAUUCAGUGGAAGGCAGUGGACUUGCUCUACACCAAUUACGGGCUCAUGACCGAGGAGCUGACAAAGCUAAUAUUUCAAAAACAGGACACACCCACUCCAGUGUACACAUCAUCUCAGAGGAGACUUCCUUGGGAGGCAGCCACAUGACAACUGAGGAACAGUUAAAAGACAGUCAUACAUCAAUAGUAAAAGACGACUCUCAGGAUGGUGGUAACAGCCCUGAACACCCUGUUCAAACAAAUGUGUUUACUUCCUUGACCAACCAGAACCCGCAGGGACCUGGAGGUCCCUGUGUCCUUGGUCUUAGACCUUGUGUUGUUCUCAAAAGCUUAAACGGCACCAAUCUGCUCUGGGAUGACAUGAGCCGCACACUGUCAUUUGCCUGGGAAUUACAUGUCUUCGGAUCUGCCAGCCUUUUCAUACUAAUGGCAGUGAUGGCAGUUUUGGGAAUGGCUGGAGCAUGUACUCUUCCCCAUUCCCUCUGUGAUACCCUGACCCUGGCCAAUGGUCUCCUAAUUAUGGGUGGUACUUUGCGUGGUGUCCUCCUUCUACUUGAUCCUUAUGGUACCCAUCAGAUCCUGUCUCGUGCUACUCUGGCAGCUCUCCAUAAUUUUCCUCUGCAGCUUCUUCUGUGGGCACAGGUUGCUCUCACUCUGGUUACACUCAGGGGGUCGAAAUUAUUACUUUUUCCACUAAAAAAGCCCUCCAACCACCCAUGGGUGGUUGGAGGGCUGGCUAUAUCACACUGCACUCCAUUACUUGUAGCAGACCUAUACUCCUCAAUGUUAUCCCCUGCUCUCCCUCUGUUGCUACAGACACUAUCCCUCUGCUGGGGCCUCCCAUUCUGCAUGGGAAUUCUUAUAAAGUCUCUCUCUCAUCGAGCGUCCUUCUCCAGGUCCUUUGUGUCCCAGUGGUUUCCUUCACACAGGACUGAGAGGCAAGCAAAGCGGGUAACAGCAGUGUGUGCCCUUCUUGGGGUUCUCUGUUGCAGCCUUCAGAUGUAUAGUCUCCUCUGGCUUUAUGGGUUACUGGGGAACUGGAGGCGCUUUGGCUGGGGCUGGUGGCUCAGUCAGUUCUGGGCAAGAAUCCUUGAGUUAGCCUGGGGAUUCUCUUUGCUUGUCCUGGGAUCUUGGAUCUUCUGGAUGCCCUUUAAGGGUCCUUCCAGGGGCGACCAUUGGCAGGGCAGAAGUGAGGUGUCUGAAGCGGUGGAGGAUAAAAGCUUGUGGCGAAGGAUCUUUGCCAAUGUGCAAAAAGGGCCACUAAGAAAAUCAGAGAAAACUUGGGAAGCCUUGAUGCCAAAUAACUGGGCAAAAUAUAGGCUGUCAAGAGCAAGUGUCACCAACCAUGUAAUGUGCCUGUAUGAUGAUCAGCCAUCUACCGUUACAGCAGAAUACAAGCCUGAUUCAGUUAGCAAUGGCAUCUCCGACUCUCAGGCUGCAGUACUAUGGCAAAAAGUUGGGGAACAUGAAUGUAUUCUUUCACGUAUAGAAUUCGAUUUGCUGCCCCCGUCUCCUAUUUACCUCAGGCCCAGCAUUGACAAUGCCCUUCACCAUGGUCAGCUUGUAGCAGGAGGUCUGUUCACACGUCCACCUCCCUCCUGGACUCAGACUGCGGUCACAGACGGCAAUGAUGGAGACAAUGGCACGACAACAUUCCCUCCAGCUUAUGUUGGCUAUGGGUGGAUGUUGGAUACAGAGUCUAUUUCUGCGUCUCUUGAUCAUUUUCAACCCAAGGAGCCAACACUGUCAUCCAGUGCUACAGCUGAGUACUUUGGUAACUUUGGGUCUCAAACCACUGUUUAUAGGGGAGAAGAAUUUAAUUCAGUGCUCUCAUCAGUGAUGCAUCAGUAUGACUGGUCUGAUGCCGAUGUCACAGACCUCUAAACAUAAACCUCUAAAGGUUCAGUGUGCAGAAUUUAGUGGCUUUUAUUGUUGCUGUUGCAGAUUCCAAUCUACUGAAUACCCGUUGCCUAACUCUCCCCUUCCCAGUGUACAGGAGAACCUAUUGUGGCCGUGAGGUAACCGAAAUAUGCAAAAGGCCCUCUCUCGAGCCAGUGUUUGUCUGAGUUUCAGAUGAUUAUAAACUAAUGAAAACAUCAUUUUUAAUAUUUGAUUCAAUAUCUGCAAACAGAACCCCCUAAAUCCUACACACUGGACCCUUAAAAAAUCAAUUAAUCGUGACAAAAAAAAAGUAUAAUCACUCUGGGCAGCAUGAUAUGGUCUCAUGUAUGUAAAAACGGUUUUCCUGUGUUGAUCUAAUAUUUUCUUGAAAGGAAUUAUUCUUUAAAGAAUCUGCUUGAGCGCCCCUGGAGUAUCACCCAUUUUAUAAGAUGUUUUGGAAAAGAUGAGACUUUGAAUUUCAAUGGAGCUUCUGAUAUAUGUUUGUUUUACACAUUUAAGGGGACAGAAGUGGCAAGAGCAACAUGGAAAUUUCAUGAUUUUAUUCCUACUAGAUAUUAUGAGCGUUUCAUGGUGAGAGCUUCAUGAUAAUAUUUGUUUCAAUAUGCCAAUGUUAUGGAGGACAGGCCACUUUUCAGACUUUUUUUAAAUUCCCAUCAUCUGAGUCACCAUCUCCCUUACAUUUGCAUCAGAUUUGUGUCGCAACUAGUCAAAAGUUACGUUUAAGUUCUUUCCAACUAUCUUUGGAAAUAUGUGAAGCUGUAACCUUUACCUCUGCAAAAGAUAAUGUAAUUGGAUGUUUUCACUUUGUAAAUAAAGCGACUUUUUGAAU